CAGCCUGAGCGCGGCGCCGCCGCUGCCUUCUCCUCCUACGGCUCACCACAUCCGAUCGGAGCGAGAAAAGAGGCCGGGCUCAGCAUUCACGUUUUCCUCCCCCUCCUCCUCGCCUCUCUGUUCUCCCUCCUCAAGGCUUUGUCCAGCCCCUUGUGAAGAUGGCGGGGCUGAGCAGCAGGACUAGCGUGGCAGAGGCGCCGAGAAGCAGCCGCCGAGGGGUCGUGAUUUCAGAUGAUUGGCCAGGAUAUAGCUUGGAUCUAUUUGCGUAUCCACAGCAUUACUGUGGAGAUCUUGAUUAUGUGCUCAUUCCCCAUGGGAUCAUUGUUGACAGGAUAGAACGUUUGGCCAAAGAUAUCAUGCAAGACAUUGGAUACAAUGACAUCGUGGUUCUCUGUGUACUUAAAGGUGGCUACAAAUUCUGUGCUGAUCUUGUGGAGCAUAUUAAGAACCUCAGUAGAAACUCAGAAAGAUUCAUCUCCAUGAAAGUUGACUUUGUUAGAGUGAAGAGUUAUCAGAAUGACCAAUCUAUGGAAGAUACUCGGAUCAUAGGAGGAGAUGACUUUUCAAAACUGGCUGGAAAGAAUGUGCUUAUUGUGGAGGAUAUCAUUGGAACUGGAAGGACUAUGAAAGCACUCCUUGACAGUAUUAAAAAAUAUAAACCCAGCAUGGUUAAGGUAGCAAGCUUGUUGGUGAAAAGAACAGCUCUACCAGAUGGAUUCAGGCCUGACUAUUAUGGAUUCGAAAUUCCAGAUUUAUUUGUGGUGGGUUAUGCCUUAGACUACAAUGAGUACUUCAGAGACCUAAAUCACUUAUGUGUUAUCAAUAACCACGGCAAAGCAAAAUACAGAGUCUAAAGAAUAACUAAUCAUCUUUGUCUGGAACAUUGGUAGUCCUCAUGAUCAUCUCCAUAAGAACAGACCAACUCAUCUCAUUCAGACUGGACUAUAUAUGGCAACAUCCCCGGGAAUGAUCACCUUGGACUUUGACACAGUUGAACUCCUUUAUUUCCUUCAGACUUCCUAGGGUAACCAGGAUGAGUCAAAGGCAGACAUAAUACAGUAUUCUACUUCCAUAAGAAUAGAAAUUAGAGGUGAAAGGAAACUUGGUUUUUAAUUUUUUGCACCCAGCUUUGCCCAACCUUAUCAUGCCAGAUUUGUUGGAGUUAAACUCCCAUUGUUUUUAACCAUCAAGCUUCCUUACCCUGUUUAACAAGUGCCUUUAAAAAUGUGUAUUAAACACAACUGCACAAUGAUCAGUGGGUUCUGUGGGGCUAUUAUAACAAUUAUUACAUUUUAAUGGUGCAGUUUGUUAGCUCUUAUUUUUUUCAGGCAGUGUUGUAGUGCCUUUACUAAAGUUCUUUUUUAAAGUUUUUAAUGCAUAAUUGUUACCAUCUCCUUUUUAUGAUUCAAUCAUUGUUGAGAUAUUUAUUCUCACCCAUUAUUUAAAACUCAAAGGAUCAAAGACCUCAAACUAAAUGACUUUUUCUUAACUCAAUAUCUCCUUAUAGAACCCCUGAGAUAAAUUAGGCAGGUCAAAAAUAGCUUUAGCCAAUGUUUGAGUUCAUAGAAAAAAACAGACUGCAUUGUGAUUUAAACACUGGGUUUUGUACAUCAUUGCUUUGUUUCAGUAUUAUGUGUUCACACAUAAUACUAAACACAUAGUAUUAUGUGUGAACCAUCUCACUAUAACAUGUUCAGCAAAACAUAGUUUUAAAUCAUACCAUGGCAUGCAGGCAGUGAGGAGGUGCCAUAAUUAAGCAAACAAUUAUCAUCUUAUUCAAAGUCCAGUAUUAUGUACACUAUAACCCUCUAGUAUGCUUCAAAAUUAAUUUAGGAUUUGAAAUGAUUGUAGUCCUAGUCUUACAUUCUUACCCAGAGGAAUUCAGAAGAUGGCAAUUUGUCAUCUUUUAUUUGUUUCAGCAGCUUCUUGCUUUCUAAGGUUGAUGGGAAUUGAAAUCCAGUAUCUGGAGGGUAGGGACAAUUGCCUACGCUUCAUCUGAUCUUAGUGUCAUGCUGUCUUUGUUCAUUUCUUUGUCUUCUGCUUCUUACAUCUCCACAAAAUUUGUUUCAAUUCCACUUUCUUUGUUUAGAGCUACAACUCCAGGGAUACAAAUACUAAUUUGGAAUCAUUGGAAUAAUAUAAGCAAGUGUAUUAGCACAGUAGAUCAUGGAAAACAGAAUUUGCAUACAAUAAAUGUUAAAAUUCAUUGCAUUGUUACUGCUUUUGUAAAAUAUAUCCGCAGUGGCUAAUUAUGUAUUGAGUUUUUCCCAAAUAAGCAUUGUCCAGAUAUAUUGGGACUACAAAUCCCAGAAUUCAUCUCAGGAAUUCUAAGAACCAGGCUCUGGCAAUUGGCUGGGAGUUCCAAUAUGGGCAUCCCAUUCUGGAAGGGGCUGGUAGAUUAGGAGAAGAUCCUAUCUCCACUCUAUUUAACACAUUGGUCCUUUUUAUCCAGUUUGUUCUUAAUUUUGUUCUUUAACAUUUAAUGUUCAAUGUUUUAUGCUUUUGACCUUCUAAUUGUUUUAUAUUGCUAUUAUGAUACUGUAAACUGCCCAAAAGUCACUUGAGAGUCAGAUGGGCAGCAUAUAGUUUUAAUAAAUAAAUAAUCAUGCUAACACAUCUAGAGAUGUAAGAUUAGGGAAAACCAAUGUAUUGAAUCCUCAGCUAUCCUAUAAUAAUCAUUGAAGUCAUCUUUGAAUUCUGGUCCAGAUUAUUUAAUUUAUAACCUUAAUUUAGGUUAUAGUUCAAAGCAUCCCAAUCAAUUUAUUUUUUUUAUUUAUUUUUUUAUUUGAUUUAUAUGCCGCCCUUCUCCGGAGACUCAGGGCGGCUUACAAUGCGUUAAGCAAUAGCCUUCAUACUUUUGUAUAUUUAUACAAAGUCAGCUUAUUGCCCCCACAAUCCGGGUCCUCAAUGGUGGAACUAUUGGUCCAAUAAUAUUUGGAUUGAUGGGACAUGCCUGUUGUUCAAUUGUAAGCCUCUUGGUGCCUUCCUUUGAGCUAUAAUUCCUUUGUAAAGCAAAUAGUUUACUGUAUUUAAAAAACUAUCUAGGCAUUAAAAGGUAUUGAACUCUUACAACACGAUAACUUGUUUUCCUUUCAUCUCGUCUUUGUGAAUGUUUUUUUUUUCAUACAUUUCUUCUGCAUGUAAGGCUACAAGCGUAACUUUCUUAACAGUUGAUCUUAUUUAACACCGUGGAACUAAAAAUUUCAUUUAACACAGUAGAGCUUGAUUAAAUAUGCUGGAAAAUUGUGUUUUCUGUAAAUCAAAAAAAGUUUUCCCAUUUUAAUUGGUUGAAAACUAGCCUUUUCCUCUUCUAUAUUUGGUAAGAAUGCUUAGGUUAGGGAGAGAAAUAUGACUAUAUUUGUUUGUAAAUCUCUAGUACUAAAAACAAAUUUGUAGACUGAUGCUCAGAAUCACCAGGUGCUGCCAUAUCCCGGUUCCUGAACUAUUAAUUUAUAUUUGACUCCAGCUGGUAGACUUCAUAUUUCAGAUAAAAAAAAUAGAUCCUGUAAAUUCAAACCCAUAAUUAUUUUUAUAUUGGUGAUUAUAAUUUCUCAAUUUGUUUUAGCACAGAAAAGAUAGGUUCGAGGAUUAAAGCUGGCAUGUCCAAACCAUGCAGCCCAAGCAAGCCAAAAGGUUGGACAUGCUUGGUUUUAUGUUUAUCUUCAUAGGUAAUAACAGCCAAAAUUAACAGGCUUCCAAUCUUUUAGCUGGAAUAAUACCAGAGCACUUCAGCUUUGCUUUCCAAAUGGACUGCUUAGCCCAUAAUCUCUAACUGGGCAUGAUGGAAGUUGUAAACUAUCCACACAGACUUAACUAUGAGGAAUAAGAUACCUAAGACUACUAAGCACAAAUAUUUCUAUAAUAACUAAUUGUAGCCAAAGGUAUUCUUAAAAAGCAUUUCACUUUUUAAAAAUUGGAUUUUCUUUUCUUGUGCUCGUUUUUCAUAACCAGUUUACUGAUCAUUGGGUGUAAAUGCUGGCUAAGAUUUUUACUGAUUAAAUGUACUUUGUUCUGAAAAAAGGGGAAUCAUUUUAAAAUGAAACUUAAUGUGUAAAGCAUUUGAAGUACAGUUGCCUUAGUGGGCUUCCUGAUUUUUACACAGCCAUCUCCAGGGGAAAUUUGCAUUUGUUACCUUUUUACCUUUGCAGGUAAAAGAAGAAAGAUCAUGGGCUAUAUACAAAUGCUCCCAAAAGUUUCCUGGAGACAGCCAAUGGUUAAAAAAAAAAAAAAGAAUUACAAGCAAAAGAUGUUUUGUUCUGAAUAGCAUGGGAUCUAUUGUGGUUAGACUGGAAUUUCCACUAAAUUAAUAAACAGUUAGGAUAUUUUACUAUAUUGCAAAUUUCUUAUGAUUUUUCUUUUUUCUUUUAGCCUAGAUUUGCAUACCAGCUUGAAGCUCUCACUUCAAGUAAAUAAAUGCUUUUUGGCAAAACAAUGUAAAUUUUUGCUCCUGGCUAGUUCAAAUUUUCCUGCAUCUAAGUAUUAACUUGUAUUUCUGCUUCCUAUAAAAAAAAAAGAAUAAAGCAAAUAAUAAUAAUAA